AUGACUUACACACAACAACCCCCCGCCAACAACACCAUGACCGUUGUCGAGGAGCCUGAGCCCGCGCAUGUCUCGGUCAAGACGAAACCAGGCGAUAUCGAGAUGGCGCAGCCUGGUGUUGCGCAGCCUAUGGACCCCAUGCGCCCUCACGACGACUCCACUAUUGGCCUCCGCGGCGGUGAUCGUGGCGGGAUGUGCCCUGGUCGCUUCUGCUUCUGCAUUCCGUGCCCGAUACCGUGCGAUUGCUGCUUUAUUCCUCUUUAA